AUGGAUAAAAAACUAAAGCCUAUUCAGUUACGGAAGCGGAUUGCGUUGGAGAAUAUAAGUGCGCUCGAACGGUUCAAGGAACAGUUUUCUGGGGAUGAUGCAAAGCAAAUCCCAGAAGUGUUAGAAGACCUGGAAAGGUACAAGGAAGGGUUCUUCGCUGCAGUAGCAAAGCUGGAGGAGCUCGACGACAGCAAUGAAGCGAUCGAAGCAUGCAUCAUCGAGCGAAUCAACGUUGAGGAGCGGUGCAGGAAGCUGAAGGGUUUUCUGCGGGAAAGGCUUCCAAGGGACGAAAGUUCUUUGAACGAUACGUCAGGCAUGGCCUCUUCCACGCUCGCGUUUGGUAGGCCUAACGCGCCACAUCUGCGCCUUCCAAAAAUCGAACUGCCAUCUUUCGAUGGGGAUCAAACGAAAUGGCUGUCGUUUCGUGACCGCUUCAUCGCGAUGAUCGAUGCCUCACCGGAGCUUCCAUCGAUUGCAAAGUUGGAAUAUCUGCUGUCGUCAUUAAAGGGGGAAGCGGCGCUUCCCUUUGAACAUACGCAGUUAACGGCAGAUAACUACUCAGUGACUUGGUCCGCGCUACUAAAACGAUAUGACAAUCCGCGGUUGCUCGUACGGGAAUAUUAUCGUAAGCUACACCAUCUUCCCGGAGUGCAAUCGGAGUGUGUGAUAAAACUUACCAGCUUAGUGGACGAAUUUUCGCGAUACGUGAACGGUUUUGUGAAACUGAACGAGCCAGUAGAUUCGUGGGACACACCGUUAUCCAACAUGCUGUUGAUGAAGUUAGAUCGUGCUACCCUAUUAGCGUGGGAGAAACACUCAGUGCAUUUCACGAAAGAUCGUUAUAGAGACGUCAUCGAGUUUGUACAGGACCGAAUACAAAUCUUGAAAUCGACUAAUAACUUCGCGAGUGUUUCGACCGAAAGUGAGAGUAAGGUGGCCGGCAAACUACGUUCUGCCGCUCCACGUAGAUCUAUAACAAACGCAAUUUCCUCGCGGUCAUCUCCCCCCGGUACUGCAACCAAUAAGUGUCCGUUGCAGUGUGUCGACAGUCACUUUUUAAGGAGCUGUCCGGUAUUCAACGGAAAGGACGUGCAGCAACGUCGUGAAAUUGUGUCGUCGAAGCAUUUGUGUUGGAACUGUUUAAGCGAUUCACACCAGGUUAAACAGUGUAAGUCGGAUUAUUCGUGCCGUAGUUGUCGUCAGCGUCAUCAUACGCUUCUGCAUAUUCCGGCGGUGGAUUCAACAGUUUCUAUGGGAGUGCAAAACAAUAACGGUAUGGUGUUUUUGGAAACCACGUUACUGAACAUCGUGGACGAUUAUGGUGUGAGACAUGAGGCACGGGCGCUCCUCGACUCCGGCUCCAUGUCGAAUUUCAUCUCCGAGCCGCUAGCUCGGAAGCUGCUUGGGACACCUCGAAACAAGGUGAACGUGUCGGUCUCGAGCAUCGGGAACAAAGUGCAACAGGUGAAGGGUUCAAUCGUUGCAACCGUGACAUCUAGGAACCACACGCAUGCUUGUCAACUCGAGUUGCUCGUUGUUGACCCUCCAUUCUUCCAAAUUCCAACGGCACCUAUCGAUGCGUCGUCGUGGAAAAUCCCUGACUUGCCACUCGCGGAUCCUUUGUUCCAUGUGCCUGGCAAGAUCGAUGUCAUAAUUGGUGGAGACACGUAUUGCGAGCUCCAUUCUGGUAAGAAACGUUCCCUCGGCAAAGGGAAACCUUGGCUUGUAGAGACGCCAUUUGGUUGGGUCGUUGCUGGCAAUGCAUCAUCAGGCAUUUCGCAUGAUUCGCAUUUGUGCCACCUGGCUAGCAGCAGUACAUCUUCGCUGGAUUCGAUUAUGGAACGAUUCUGGGAAAUCGAGACGAUUGGCGGUGAUCCAGCAUUGUCAGCGGAAGAAGAUGCUUGCGAGAAGCAUUUCGUGUCCACUACAACAAGAGAUACAUCGGGCAGGUAUGUUGUACGUUUACCGCAGACUUCUAAUCCAAGUAUCGUUUUAGGAGCGUCCAAGGCGACCGCGGAUCGUCGGUUCCUAGCAGUAGAACGUCGAUUGAUGUGCAACCCUACAAUGAAGGAAGAGUACACCAAAUUCAUGAAGGAGUACGAACAGCUCGGCCACAUGAAACGUCUUACCGAUCCAGUCGAUGAUUCCGGCGAGCACUACUAUCUUCCUCAUCACGCGGUGGUAAAGGAAACGAGCACAACCACAAAGGUGCGAGUAGUAUUCGAUGCAUCAUGCAAAUCGGCUUCUGGAUACUCUUUGAACGACAAACUGUUGGUUGGGCCUGUGAUUCAGGACGAUCUGUUCACAAUAAUCGUUCGAUUUCGAUCACAUGCGAUAGCACUAUCAGCAGAUGUCGAAAAAAUGUACCGCCAAAUUCGCCAUGAUGACGACGACCAAAGAUACCUUCGUAUUCGGUACAGAUACAAUCCCACAGAGCCUAUUCAAACCUUCCAAUUACAAACGGUAACCUAUGGCACCGCAUCCGCACCAUUUCUGGCAACCCGAACCUUAAAACAAAUUGCAUACGAUCAUCAAAUACAUUUUCCAAAGGCAGUGACUGCAGUUCUUCAUUAUUUCUACGUAGAUGACUUGCUAACGGGAACAGAAGACGUAGCCGAUGCAAUCAAGAUGCGAGGCCAGAUCACGGGAAUGCUUAACUCGGCAGGCUUCUCAUUAAAAAAGUGGGCAUCCAACGCACCGGAAGCACUGAAAGGUGUCCCAUCAGAAGAUUUGGCAGUUCUUCCAACACACGAAUGGCAAUAUCCACAAUCUGUAUCAACACUGGGACUCGUGUGGGAGCCAGCAGUUGACAUGCUUCGGUUCCGUAUUGAUCUGCCACCUGCAUCAACGGUUUUGACAAAGAGGCUAACUUUGUCGUAUAUUGCCCGAAUCUUCGACCCACUCGGCUUCCCACUUGGGUCCAACCAUCAUCAUUGCUAA